CCGUUUACGUUUUGCUUCACCACACGCACUUCCCUAAGUAUUUGUUUCCUGAAUUAGUACUGGACGUACGAAAGCUUUGACAUAGUUUGUCCCAAUACUAUUUGACUUGUGCAAAAGAGCUUUAAUUACAUCUUCGUUUCUAGAUAAACUCGUGUCGGUGCACGAGAAUCUUCUCUUAGCUUAGCUUGCUAGCUGCCAACAAGGUUUGAGGAACGCUGUCAACACAUCGGAGAUCUAGAGUGAGUGCAAAGUGUUGUGACCAUUGUGUUAUAAUGUGUGCGAAAAGGGUGAAAGACAAUUACAAGGAACCUUCGCGAACUAGAGAGGAGAACGAGCGACAACGUCAACCUUUCAAGAAGCCUCAAGCCGUGUUGCACAAUGCAGAUGUCAGUGGAGAAGAUCUUCAUCCUGAGCAGCAGGAGUGGAACUCCAGGGUGGAGCGGGAGGAGCCAGAGCCCUAUCACAUGAGAAAUGAAGAUGAAUUAGAGCUACCCUUAAUUAAAGUGGAGGUGAAGGAGACAGAGCUGCCCCACAUUAAAGAGGAAGAGGAGCCAGUGCCCCUCCACAUUAAAGAAGAGGAGGAGGAGGAAGAUAUCGACAACUUUCCAUUGACAAUUAUUGUGAAGGGAGAAGAUGAUAAAGAAGAAGAAGGUGAUGGAGACCCCUGUGGACGAUCACAAGCAGACAGCCUCUUAGCUCCACGAGCCGACAGUGCCGACAUCACGUCAAACUUUCCCGACACUGAUGAUGAACACCCUGAGGGUGAUGACGUGCAAUGGAAGUGCUCGCAGUGUGGGAAAACAUAUGGUUCAAAGUGGGGUUUAAAAGUGCACAUGAGAAUACACACGGGAGAGAAACCUUUUUCCUGCUCACUUUGUGGUAAAAUAUUCACUCAGAAGGCACAUUUAAUAGCACACACAAGAACACACACUGGAGAGAAAGCUUUUGUCUGUUCAAUCUGCACCUUAAGUUUCAGUGAACGUUCAAAUUUAGGUAAACACAUGAGAACACACACUGGGGAGAAACCUUAUGUCUGUUUAUUUUGUGGUAAAAGAUUCUCUAUAAAUGGACAUUUAAGAACACACACCAGUACGCAUACUGGAGAGAAACCUUUUGACUGUUCAGAGUGUGGCAAACAAUUCGCCCGUAAGGCACAUUUAAACAUACACACAAGAAAACACACCGGAGAGAAGCCUUUUUCAUGUUCAGUUUGCGAUAAAAGAUUUGCUCGUAAGGCCCAUUUAAACAUACACACAAGAACACACACUGGAGAGAAACCUUUUGCCUGCUCAGUGUGCACCUUAAGUUUCAGUGAACGUUCAAAUUUGAUUAAACACAUGAGAACGCACACUGGUGAGAAACCAUUCAGUUGCGGUGUGUGUGAUAAAAGUUUCUCUCAAAAGUAUCUCGUUACGAAACACAAGUGUCCUGGUGAGAAGAGCAGCAGUAAAUGAACCUCCAGGACUUAAAAUAAACUGGAAACUUGGGACUUUGAGUUUCUAGGUUGUAAAAGUGCAUUUGUGACCCUGAAUAAAAAAAAUAAAUUAAAUCGUCAAACAGUGAUAACUCUAACCCAUUCUUGGGUCCCUUGAAAGGCACUAUAUAAAUGUGAACUUUUAAAUGAACUCCAUGUAAUGAAAUAAAAACUCAAACUCUU